CGGCGGGGGGCGGAUCUGACGCGGAUCUGACGCGGAUCUGACGCGCUCCGGCCGCGUUAGCAUCGGGCUAAUGUUAGCAAUGACACAAACGGCCCGAGUCCCGCCGCGGGCUGAAGCGUCCCGAGCCCCGAGAUGAUCCCACGGACCCGGAUCUGCAGGAGCUGAGCUGGUGUUGGAUCGUGGUUCCUCUGAGGUUCUGAAGGUUCUUCUGAUGGAGCUUUGAGGAGGACCUGGAGCAGACGAGAGCAUGUCUCUGAACAGAGACCUGGUGGAAUUUUACAUUCACUACAAACUGUCUCAGAAGGGCUGUCCCACGGAGCACCUGCGGUUCGGGGACAGGAGCAGAGACAGGGACACAGAGAGGACGCAGGUGGACUCGCAGGUGGACUCGCAGGUGGAGACACAGGUGGACUCGCAGGUGGACUCGCAGGUGGAGACACAGGUGGACUCGCAGGUGGACUCGCAGGUGGACUUGCAGGUGGACUCGCAGGUGGAGAUAACGGAUGGAGCCUCUUUAGACUCUCACUUUAACGGCUCGGUGAACGGCGCCGGCCCGGACUCCGCCCCCUGGCCGCGGCACAGACCCGGCCCCGCCCCGGACCCCGCCCCCUCCGUAGCCCCCCCCCCGUUGGACCUGGACGCCGUCAAAGAGGCGCUGUGCGACUCGGCCAACGAGUUCGAGCUGCGCUUCAGCCGCGCCUUCAGCGACCUCCACCGCCAGCUGCACAUCACCCCCGCCACCGCCUACCACAGCUUCGAGAGCGUCAUGGACGAGGUUUUCCGCGACGGCGUCAACUGGGGGCGCGUCAUCGGCCUGUUCGCCUUCGGCGGCGCCCUCGCCGUCGAGUGCGUCGACAAAGAGAUGCAGCCGCUCGUCGACAGGAUCGUGGACUGGAUGACGGUUUAUCUGGACGAACACAUCCAGGACUGGAUCGACUCGCAGGGGGGAUGGGCUCGUUUCGCUCAGAUCUACGGCGACGACGCGGCGGCUCAGACUCGUCGAUCUGAGGAGCGUUUUAAGAAGUGGCUCUUCGCCGGGAUGACGCUGGUCACCGGGGUCGUGGUGGGUCACUGCUCGCCCAGAGACGCCUGUGAGAGAGAGAGAGACCCGGUCCAGACCCGGUCCAGACCCGGUCCAGACCCGGUCCAGACCCGGUCCAGACCCGGACCCGAGCUGCUCCUGAUUCUGGACUCUUUCUUUCUUUUCUUCUGUUUCUUUGGACUGAAAUUUGUUUCCUGAAAAUGAAAGAUUCUGAUGGAAAAUCUCUUAAAUUAUUUUAAACGUGUGAAGCUUCGACGGUCCAGAUGUUCUGGUUGGUCCAGAUGUUCUGGUUGGUCCAGAUGUUCUGGUUGGUCCAGAUGUUCUGGUUGGUCCAGAUGUUCUGGUUGGUCCAGAUGUUCUUCUUCUUCUUCUUCUUCUUCUGAUGGUCGUGUUGGCGUCUGCGGCGUCGCCAGCAGGAGGCGCACGGACACAACAGUUUACACAAACACACGUGUUCACGGGGUUUAGUUUUACAGACGUCACAGCUGCAGGUCACUAUGAAAGCACCUGUCACUGCACCUGUCACUGCACCUGUCACUGCACCUGUCACUGCACCUGUCACUGCACCUGUCACUGCACCUGUCUGAAUAAAGUGUCUCGUCUUCA